AUGACUGCUGUGGUGCAACAUAACCAUCCAACUUGGAUAUCUUUGGAUCGCCAGGCUCUGCUUUGUGGCCUUGCAUCGCGUGAAUAUCGCGAUGCAAACGAUGGAGGUUCACACAACGGUGACAUGAUUGGACGUGCCACCGCUUCAAUUGAACGAGCAUGA